AUGGAGAAGCUCUCCAAGAUGAAGGCACGCUUGGCCGAGGAGUUUCCAGGGAUCGACCCAUCAUCCUGGAAAAGCCCCGGCUUCAAGAAGCCAAGAACUCCAGCGAAAAGCCGUGCUGAUGUUGGCUCAAAAUCCAGCGCUUCUAAAGAGCAAAGCAGUCGUGUUGGGAGCGAGGACAGAGCUUACCUCAGUGGUGGUAAUGGUGGUGGUGAUGGUGGUGAUGAUUACGAAGACGAAGACGAUCAAGUGAGAUUGAGCUCUGAAUCUCGAAAGCGAACAGGGUCGCACUCUUCCCGAGGAGAGGCGAAGAAGCCUAUCCGAUCGCUGAGAUCACCAUGGCCGAAUGCUCGUCGGCUGCAACGUCAUGCUGUUUCAUCGUCACCUCGACCAAGCCGCCAGUCGACACCGGGUAGUGGUAGCAGUCGCCAGAGUCUCUCUGGUACUGCCAGAACAUCGGGUGGGAACAGGAGCAUGUCGAGCAUGGAGAAAUUACGACUGAGACAUCUCGUAAGGACCAGCUCUACGCCCCAAAGAGCUUUUGGUCGAUUGAUAAGAGAUCGUGAAGCCGUCAGCACGCCUGGAUCGACUACACUCAACAAUGAAAAUCACAGGGCUACGAUUGAGGCUUCUUCAGCCACCCAGCCUAUUGUGAUUUCGCCGACUAUGAGUCAAAGGAGUACAGUCCAGCAGGGUAACUCUCAGUCCGUCAAAUAG